AAGAAGCAGCGCAGGCAGCGCUCGUUGUGGUUUUAUUCCACAGCGGUGCACCUUCUGCUCCAUCACCAGACGAUGCGCCCGAGUAACUUCGGAGAGACAGAGCUGCGUUCAGGAGUCGCAGCAACGAUGGCAGGCUCAAAGCAACAAGGGUCAUCUUCAUAAGUAGUUAAUGGAUCCAGUCUGAAAGCUACAACACCCACCCCACUCCACUGACCUGUCUAACACUGUAGCCAUGGCAACUUGUUCGACGGGCUGUGCACCAGCUGUGCGCCUUUGUCAAAGGCUGAACCGGCUCAAGACACUCGACGGUGACAUGAUGGCGACUUCCCUGAAGCGCUGCCUCUCCACGCUGGACCUGACUCUGAUGGGUGUCGGUGGCAUGGUUGGCUCUGGCCUUUAUGUCCUGACGGGAACGGUGGCUAAAGACACGGCAGGACCAGCUGUCAUCAUAUCCUUUGUUUUUGCAGGUAUCGCUUCUCUUCUGGCUGCCUUCUGUUAUGCAGAGUUUGGAGCGCGCAUCCCUAAAACAGGAUCUGCAUAUAUGUUUACCUAUGUGUCAGUGGGAGAAAUGUGGGCCUUUCUCAUUGGCUGGAAUGUCAUUCUGGAAAAUAUGAUUGGCGGUGCUGCAGUAGCACGGGCCUGGAGUGGCUAUCUAGACUCAAUUUUUAACCACGCUAUCCAGAACUUCACUGAAACGCAUAUCAUGCAGUGGAAUGUGCCCUUCCUUGCCCACUACCCUGACCUCCUGGCUGCAGGAAUCCUUGUAUUUGCCUCUGUCUUCAUUUCCUUCGGAGUUCAAGUGUCGUCUUAUCUGAACCACAUCUUCUCCACCAUCAGCAUGGGUGUCAUUGCUUUCAUCUUGGUCUUCGGCUUUGUGCUUGCCGACCCUGCCAACUGGAGCCAGGAGCAAGGUGGCUUUGCGCCUUACGGGAUGUCAGGGAUCCUGGCAGGUUCAGCCACAUGCUUCUAUGCUUUCGUGGGCUUUGAUGUGAUUGCUUCCUCCAGCGAAGAGGCAAAGAAUCCUCAGAAGGCUGUUCCCAUUGCCACUGCUAUCUCUCUUGGACUUGCGGCGACAGCCUACAUCCUGGUCUCCUGCGUGCUCACAUUGAUUGUACCCUGGCGUACCCUGGACCCUAACUCAGCCCUGGCAGACGCGUUCUUUCGCCGUGGCUACAGUUGGGCAGGAAUUGUUGUGGCUGUGGGAUCCAUCUGUGCCAUGAACACUGUGCUUCUCUGCAAUCUCUUCUCCCUUCCUCGGAUUGUGUACGCCAUGGCAGAGGACGGAUUGUUCUUCUCCAUUUUCGCCAGGGUCAAUCCCGUCACCAAAGUUCCCGUCAAUGCCAUUCUGGUGUUUGGAAUCCUUAUGGCUUGCAUGGCUUUGAUCUUUGACCUGGAGGCGUUGGUUCAGUUCUUGUCUAUUGGGACUCUCCUUGCGUACACCUUCGUGGCAGCGAGUGUUAUCGUGCUCCGCUUCCAACCAGAGAAGAACAACUCCAAAGACACCACCACCACAUCUCCCAACGUCAACGCAGAGGUGUCCCCUGCCCCCUCAGAGUCACAGACCAUAACCGAAGACAGCGAGGAGCCCAAGCAGUACGAGUCCUUCUCCGACAAACUCCAGCUGGUGGAGAGGCAGAGGACGAGAGAGCGGCGUGGGGUGGGGCACCUGAAGGCCUACUGGGAACCCUACUUGGACAGGCUGCUGGGAGACUGUGAACCAGGCGAAGUGGUGGCUUUCUGUGUGAUGACCCUGAUUGUGAGCUCAGUUUCCCUCUGUGCUGUGCUGGAGUUUGGAAAUGAACAGCUACAGUUCCCAGUCUGGUGUUUCACAAUGCUUCUGGUAAUUUUUACCUUAGCUUACGUUCUUAGCCUGGCACUUAUAUGGAUUCAUGAGCCGCAAAGAAACAACCAAACAUUCCAGGUACCUUUGGUUCCACUGACUCCUGGUGCCAGUAUUCUCUUCAACGUAUUCCUGAUGAUGAAGCUAAGCCUCCUGACCUGGAUUCGAUUUACAGUGUGGAUUGCUAUAGGUCUCCUUGUGUAUUUUGGCUACGGGAUCUGGCACAGCAAAGAGGGACUGAGGGAGCUGCAGCCCAAAGACAUGGCCGCCCGCUAUGUGGUGCUACCCAGCGGCAGCCUGGUGGAAACAGUGCAGUCCGUUCAGCCCGACGGCCAAGUGGUCACCUCAGCGCACCAAAUCAGCUCUUCUGCUGCCCCGACAGCCGCCGAGGCUGCUGGGAAGAGAUAAUGUGUGACCAUUCUGAGUCAUCAUCACUACUGCCUGGUUUUUGUCUGUUGUCUCCCACACAUACUGUAUUAUUAGUGUACUUUCUGUGUCUCUCUCCCUGUAUCGCUCAACAGUCUGUACUCAUUACUCUGCUAACGUAUCUACAAGAUAGGAUGGGAGGCACUGUCUUUUUGUUGAGCACAUUUAUAUAUGUUAUAAGAAUCAAACAUGCACUAUAGAUAUUUAUCACUGCCCUGGAAACAUAACAUGCUUUUUUUUUUUUUUUU